UUAGCUAAACUUGACAGUGGAAUUGGUCGUCGUCACUGCUGCGUUCUGCUUAGCGACAUCGGCCGAGCGGCGUUUAUCGUGUCUAUAUGCCAAAUGAUGCUCUCGCAGGGUGGUUUUAAGGCAACAGCGCCUGCUGAGUCGCGCCGCAUUUAGGUCUUGGUUCGCUUCUCGAAAGGGAGUCCAGGAAGCUUGAGAAAAGAGCGAGACAGGAGGCCACGGUUUCCCCAUUUCGCUAACACGCACACAUCACUCCGGCCUUGAUGGUGAUGUAUGCAAGGAAACCAGCAAGAGUCAGUGAUGGGUGCACCGACAGAAGGGAUUUACAGUCCUAUCAGACCCAUAAAUCUCAGCCAAAGAGCCAGACCAGCAGCCUUCACCGUUACGACAAGGUGCGUGAUGGCUCAUCAGAGUCCACGCCCCCUUAUAAGAUGCUGCGGCGCUCGGAUGAAAGUCCCGUCAGCAGACAUGGAGACCCUGCAGGACAUGGCAAGACAAAAAUCUCCCACACGGUUCGAGCUAAAAACGGGACCAGUGACUCUCCUCAUGAGAACUCUCAAAACAACAGCUCCCACCAGGGUGCCGACUCGCAUUCCACUCAGAGCAAGCCUGCAGAUCGAGACCCAGCAGACGACUGGACAGAACACAUCAGCUCUUCUGGGAAAAAGUACUACUACAACUGUAGAACUGAAAUCUCCCAGUGGGAGAAGCCCAAGGACCUGUUGGAGAGGGAGCAACGGCAGAAAGACCCGGCCAAGUUGGCGGCAAACAGUUUCCCCAGGGACAUGGACUACAGACAGGAGGCCUUGCAGGACAAAGCUACAAAAAACACUUCAGGGGACCAAUCCAAUGCGUCCAAUAGCGGCCCCGUGUCCUCUUCCUCGCAGACCCUAAUCCCAGUUUCCAGCACAUUUACCACAUCCUCGUCUUCCUCUACCGGGCAGUCAAGUCAAAGUGCCCAGUCCUCGUCACCGGCACUGCUUCAGGACCCGGCCCUCCUGCGCCAGCUCCUGCCUGCGCUUCAAGCGACUCUGCAGAUGAACAACGGCGGGAUGGACAUGGCCAAGCUCAACGAGGUCUUGGCAGCUGCUGUCACCCAAGCUUCCUUGCGGUCUGUGCUUCAUAAGCUCCUCACUGCUGGACCCGCUUUCAACAUCACUGCUCUGCUCUCAGCUGCUCAGCAUGCCAACCAAGCCCAGCACUCCAGUCAGUCCCCCGCAUCGCUGACGUCAGACGCGUCGUCCCCACGGCCUUACGUGUCGCCGCGGAACGGCACGCCGCAGAGCAAUCAGAAAAACCUUCUGAGCGUUCACCCGAGCGGCAUUGCGUCUUCGCAGACGAGGGGCAGUACAUCUUCAGCUAAACAAGGCUCCGCCCCUCUGGCCCAGAACACGGAGAAGCGUCCUGAAGACCCCAGGACUCUCCAGCAAAGAAGCCAGGAGAUUCUCUCCGCGGGAUCAAACGCAGCGGGUGCAACGUUGUCCCACCCCACUUCCAGCAGCAGCAGUCAAAGUCAAUGUGCCGCUCCCACAUCCUUCACCCCCUCCCUGGCAGCUCACUUUGAUGAGAAUCUCAUCAAACAUAUCCAAGGAUGGCCUUCGGAGAACACUGAGAAACAGGCGGCCCGGCUGCGUGAGGACGUCCACAACAUGGGCAGCCUGUACAUGUCGGAACUGUGCACAGAGAUGAAAAACCUUCGCUCCCUGGUCAGAGUCAGUGAAAUUCAGGCUACGCUGAGGGAACAAAGAAUCCUGUUUCUGAGGCAGCAGAGCAAAGAGCUGGACAAGCUGAAAAACCAGAACUCUUACAUGGUCUGAGGAGAACCGCCCGGGACGGACGGCUUAGAAUGUCUUUAAACAGCCGACCGGAUGAGCGCGGCUGCUCUCGUCUGUUUAUUGCCCCCGCAAGAGCGACCGUUAAGACGGCGAGGGUGAGAUGCAUCAUCCCGAACGUGUCUGCCACGUUUCCUGCCCCCCCCCCCCCAAUCGCCAUCGCGAGUCGCGUGGUGGCUCACCAAGCUGGAAACCGAGGACCUCAGGCUCUUUUCAAACGGCACCUUUUCGGAUCGUGUGUAUCGUACGCAAUUUGUUUUCAGGUGUGUUUAGAUGUGUUGUUGUCAGGAAAAGAUUAGUUUGUUUUCUUCAAAAAUAUCAUAACAUUAUUGGCGAAGUGAGUCGUCUGGAUCAGUCGCAUCCGCCUUCAAGCCGCUCAAAUGGACUUUGGUUCAAUAUGUCCAGUGAGUCAUGCAUCUAAAAUGUUUGGCUUCAGUGGCAGUGAUGUUACUAAUGUUUUGUUGUUUUUUCUCAGAAUAAUCAACAUUCCUUUCAACUUGCAGCUGAUUCUCAUGUCACGACAUGAGAUGGACCCGACAUUUAAAAAGUUUAUGGGAAUUUAUGUUCCAGUAAUUGCCACUGCACUGGGAAAUCAGAUAUCUCCAAACUCCUGAUGUAUGCAAGCCAUUCGGAAAGGGGGUGGGGGGAAAGCCCACGUUAUUGGACCUAAAACAGCUGCUAGUACGAGAGUCAUUUUCAUGCAAUCACUUCAUCAGUUAUGUUCUGUAAUUGGUCUUUCUUUUUUUGUUUAACUGUCAAACCUUUGUGUUUCCCUCAUCCAAAUUGGGGAGAAAUAUUUCAUUCCUUUUUUUUGUGCAGUGUAGCAAGUGAGUCUGUAAAAAUAGCUAAGUGACUGAAUUAACAGUCAAGUAAAUUAUUGAUGAUUAAGUUUGUGCUUGUUGUCAUAAUGCAAAACCUAGUUGGAAAUGUGAUUUUUUUUUUCUUUUCUAUUUUAAAAAAAAGUUGUUUUUUUUUAAAUUAGAUUAUUUUUUUUGUUACUUAUUUGAAAUUGAUUUUCACCUUGUUCUGCCUCAGUGGGUGUUGACCCGCUGCCUUCAAUAUUUCAAUUUGGCUCUCAUUUGUGAUGUUAGACUGCAUUAAAAAAUAAUAAUCUAUGAGCAACCCAGAGAUCACAUUGAACUGCAUUUGUAUACACCCUGAAAGCAAUUUAUUUUCACUCUCCGCUUAUUUUUUCUUUAGAGAUUCCCCCAGAUGAUGUGCACACUUUUUCUUGAUGGGGAAGUGGGCUGCGGCGACUGGAAGAGUCUGUUUGGGGCGCAAGGGCUUUGUAUUCCAUAAAAUAUGAGAUUAAAAUAUAAUGCCACACCUACGCUAACA